GUUUCAUAUGAAUCUAGACUCAAAACUAGGAACCAUACAUCACUGAAAUUAUGUACAAAUAGAUCACUGUAAUGAUUCAAGAACCUACCUGAUCAUUACGCUUGCUUGCCUCUGUUAAUAUUUCAGCUUCUGGUUACUCUCUGUUGUAGUAGCUUCUUCGUGGUGGUUGUCAUGGCGGAUCUUGUGACGGUGGUUAAAAAAACAGAGGAGGAGUGGCGUGCAGUUCUUUCUCCUGAACAGUUUCGGAUUCUCCGUCAAAAGGGCACUGAAACGCCGGGAACAGAAGAAUAUGACAAGUUCUUUGAGGAAGGAAUCUUCAGCUGCAUCGGAUGCAAAACUCCUCUUUAUAAAUCCACCACGAAGUUUGACGCCGGAUGCGGCUGGCCAGCUUUCUUUGAAGGACUCCCCGGUGCCAUUAACCGAGCCGUAAAGAUUAUCUUUUGUAUGUUUAAUUUAGUUUAUUUUCAUGACUACUGGUUAGUAAAACAUUCUUCUUUUUGCUUGAUUUGAUUCUACAUUUACCAGCCUGAUCCAGAUGGGAGAAGAACUGAGAUCACUUGUGCCGUAUGUGAUGGACAUUUAGGCCAUGUUCAUAAAGGUGAAGGUUAUAGUACUCCAACCGAUGAACGCCUUUGUGUUAACAGCGUUUCGAUCAAUUUUAACCCGGCCAAACCUUCCUCUAUAACCUGAGGACUAGUUGAUCGUACAUUACUUUCAAAUCAGAUUGUGGUGUUCAAUUGUAGAAUCAUCAUCACGUUACAAGGAUCAAUGUAACAGAUAAUAAGAAUCAUUAGUGGUUCUUAAAAUAUGUCUGUUUAGAAAAUAUAUAUAUAUAUAUAUGUAUCCUGUUUAUAACGACAAUUCUCAUUUUAAUACAUUUUAGUAAAAAUGUUCAGCUUAAUUUCCCC